AUGAAGCUCAUCACUCUCCUCCUCUGCAUCACUCCUCUUGCCAUCAAAGUCAUAGCUGAUGACCAUCACGAGGACGAAGAUGAAGAUCACACCGAUCACAUUGCCCCACUCGUUGAGAACAAUCCCAAGUCAGCCACCUUCCAAGCAGUUCUCCAAUCUGGAAAACCAGUUCAAGGUCAAAUCACUGGUGUUUCUCAUGACAAUGGCACUGGUGUAGAUUUUAACAUCAACUUCUUUGACUUUCCCGAUUCUGAGGAGGGACCUUUCAAGUACCACAUUCAUGUGAAUGCAGUUCCUGAAGAUGGCAAUUGCAGUGGUGCUGGAGGCCAUCUGUCACCAUAUGGUCGUGAAGAUCAACCCGAGUGUGAUUAUCAAGACCCUGCCACCUGCCAGCCUGGUGAUUUGAGCGGCAAGCACUUCAACAUCGACAACACCUUCGAAUCCCAGACCUUUCAGCGAAGCUACCUCGACCUAUACCUUAGCACAAACCCAGGAGACCCGGCCUUUUUUGGCAAUCGCUCUGUCGUCGUUCACGCACUCAACGGUACAAGAUUGAACUGUGCCAACUUUACUCAGCAGUGGCCUGCCAAUAAUGGAAGUGGAGGCUAUGGUGGAAAUGGACCAGAGAGUUGGAACCCUCUGAACGGAGGCGGAGGCAAUGGCACACACAGCAACGGGACUUCUACAAAUGCUUCAACUGGUGGUGCAAAUGGAAUGAACAAGAUAGUCAAGCCUGAGCUAGCCCUUGCUCUGGCGAUGACGCUUGGUUAUGCUCUGUUCGGGCUCUGA